AGUGUGCGCGUGGACUCGCGACCCCCACCCUUCCUCCCCCCUCCUUUCUUCCUCCCCCCGCCCCCUCCAACGCAAGGCAGCAUAGGAAGAGUUCGGUCGAAGGCAGCAGCAGGGUGCCCCCCUCGCCCUCGACUCUUGCCAGUCAGCGCAGCCAGCGGUUGCAGCGGUCGUCGUCGGUGCUGAGUUGGUCGGCGUGCGCGAGCUCGACUCGACUGCGCUGGCGGUGUGUGGGGUGCUGCCGACUCGUCGUCCAAUGUCCGCCAACUGAUACUGGAGGUGUUCUGCGCCAUUCGGCUGUCGAGCUGCCCGGGGCGGCGAGCAACGGCGCUGUUCCCGCACAAUGGAGACGAUGGAGUAGCGUACCGGCGGCACCAGCAGCGCGUCUCGUCCGGCUAUCGGCCUUUGUCUGGCAGCGGCGACGCGAUGGCGGUCGUCGGCGCUCGUUCGGGCCGCCCCGUGAUCGCGUUCACGGGAGCGACGGCCGCUGCCGCGGCGGCCCCUCAGCAGGCGAUCCUGACCGCGGCACAGCCCUUCUACCACCCGCCCGUCACGGUGCAGGAUAUUCAGCCGGACAGACCCAUUGGAUACGGAGCCUUCGGCGUCGUCUGGUCGGUCACAGACCCCCGAGAUGGCAAACGGGUGGCUCUCAAAAAGAUGCCCAACGUGUUCCAGAACCUGGUUUCCAGCAAAAGGGUCUAUCGUGAGAUCAAGAUGCUGUGUUUCUUCAAGCACGAAAAUGUUUUGUCAGCACUGGAUAUCCUACAGCCUCCACACCUAGACUUCUUCCAAGAAAUAUAUGUCACAACGGAACUAAUGCAAAGUGAUCUGCACAAGAUCAUAGUGUCGCCACAGCCCCUCACUUCGGACCACUUGAAGGUUUUUCUCUAUCAAAUAUUGAGAGGCUUGAAGUAUCUGCACUCCUCGAGGAUACUCCACCGAGACAUCAAACCGGGGAAUCUGUUGGUGAACAGCAAUUGCAUCUUAAAGAUCUGCGACUUCGGCCUGGCACGCCUGGAGGAGCGGGACGAGCAGCGGCACAUGACGCAGGAGGUGGUGACGCAGUACUACCGGGCCCCCGAAUUGCUCAUGGGGGCACGCCACUACGGGCCGGCCGUGGACAUCUGGUCCGUGGGCUGCAUCUUUGCAGAGCUGCUGGGCAGGCGCAUCCUCUUCCAGGCACAGACCCCCAUCCAGCAGCUGGAGCUGAUCACGGAGCUGCUGGGCACGCCCAGCCUGGAGGACAUGCGCCACGGCUGCGAGGGCGCCCGUGCCCACCUGCUGCGGCGCCCCUCGAAGCUGCCCUCCCUGGCCGCCCUCUACACCCUCUCUCCGCAGGCCACCCACGAGGCCGUCCACCUGCUCUGCCAGAUGCUCGUCUUUAACCCGGACAAGCGCAUCACGUGCGCGGAUGCCCUAUCGCACCCGUACCUGGAGGAAGGGCGGCUGCGCUACCACUCGUGCAUGUGCCGCUGCUGCCAGAGCACCCCAGCUGGGCGCCACUAUGUGGCCGACUUCGAGCCCGUUGCGGCGCACCCCUUCGACGACUCCUUCGAGUCGGACCUCGUCUCUGUUCACCAAGUCAAAGAGAAACUACACAAGUUCAUCCUAGAAAGGUGCGCAAUUUCGAGCCGGGUCCCACUGUGCAUCAACCCACUCUCGACAGCUUUCAAGAGCUUCGCAAGCUCGACGGUGGCCCACCCCUCGGAGCUGCCGCCUUCCCCACACCAGUGGGAGUGACAGCGGAGGUCCCUGCAGCUGCACCCCCCGCCCCACAACCUCCUGCUGCCCCGCUAGCGGCAGCAGGGGCACGGGAGCCAGCGGGGGGCACCGCAGCAGAAGGCCCCCACUUCGCACACCCCACCCACCGCCGCAACAAUGCCCCCCCUCGUUGCAGCGACACCCCGGCAACGACAUUGGCCGAGCAACGACGGCGGCGGCGCCAGAAGAACCCAACGCCACUCUUCUCGCCGGGCAACAUUGUUCCUCGAACUUUCUUCAUCUUUUUUUAAUAUUUGGUGCACGCGCGUGUAUGCACUGGUUUGCUCCGUGCGGCUUUGAGUCUUCUGGGGUUCGCCGUUUACUACUCUUUAAUCUAUUUGCUUGCAAGCUUCCCUAAUUUUUAUCUUUUUCGAAGUGCUUGUGGGAGUUUAGUUGGGAGUUUGUGUCAAGUUGCGUGCGAAAUAGUGAGGAGAGAAUGUAUAAAACAUAGUGGAUACUUUUUUUUUUGAGGGGCACCGGUUUGAUGACGGAAGCCAUACCGAGCUUACUACUAUUAGAAGCUCUCCUUCGUUUUAGAUUUGAAAGGACAUUGACAAAUUGCUUCUCUUGGAGCUGUUUGGCCCAGCUUCGUUGCUUCUGAAGCUGUCGAGGUUCUCUUUAGGCAGGACUGAACUUCCUUUAGACAAUGGAGUUCUGUUUUAUUUUAACAAUUAUCACCUUCGUCGCAUUGGAAAAAAAAAUGGGUGAGCUAAGUAAACCACCUUUGGCUUGGCUUCUACAUUUGCUGUUGUCCCCGGGUGCUUUUUUUUCUUUCUUUUUGCAACGGCGGUUGUGAGUUGUUUGGCUCGUGCCGGCUAUGCAUACAGGGCACUUAGGAUUUUGCUCUGGGGGCAAAAAAUUCCCGUCACAUUUUGUGCGUGCGUGCCGACUGCGUGCUUGCGCAACGUCGUAUGUAUGCACGUUUCUAUGGAUGGGUGGUUUUCCACGAGAGCUGUAGAAGGUCUGAGGGAAGAGCUGUCGUGACGUCUUACUGUGAUAACCAACCGUCAUUUCAGUUCCCUCUCCCCUGUGCCCAACGUUUGACACUUCCCCAGCACGUCUUGCUCCCGUUAGGGAACGCCACAAACGCUUUGACCCUCGUGCAUCCUGCCCCUCUUCAAAGUUACGUUAGCUUAGAGACGAGCUCUCCCUCGCGACAAUCUGAGUGUGCACGUCGUCUUCUGCUUCUCUUUCCCGCAGCAGUCCCAGGGACUUGCCUGCUAACCUUUCCCACUUUUGCGUUCCUGUCGUUUGCUGUACCAGCAUAGUUCAUUUGUGAAAAAGUGCGUGAUUCACACAUUGACGACAUCUCUUCGGACCAAAGCAUGUACAUACGACAUCACUGUCAUCCACUCACUCGAGUCACUCAUUCACGCUCACUCGUCUCGGUGUACAUUAUUUUCUACUCCUCGUAGCUAGUUACAUGUGCGAAAUAGAAGGCGGUCAAAGUAGACCGGGUGCUUUCGACGGAAAUUGGUCCGUCGUGCCCCUUGCAUCUCUACCUUCGAGCAAAAGUUUGGUUAGUUGGUAUUAUGUGAGGACGCCGUGUGGCCCGUUUCCGCGGCAUUUCGGCGUCUUGUUUGUCGUUGCCACACGGGUUUCGACGACCUUUCUUACCAGGGUCUGCAAGCUGGAGUAAAACAUGCAUUCAUAGUUGCUUGUUUGUUUUUUUGUCUUUGUUUUUCAUAUUUUUUUUUUUUCUUUAUCUAAUAUACGGGGCGCCAGAGAAAAGAUUUCAGUUGCGACAUCUUGUUUGUCUUCAUUGUUGUUUGCAAGACAGUCUCGCCGAUGCUACCUAUACAUAUAUAUAUUUUUUUUGUGCUUCAAAUACCUCAGUUUUAUUUUGUUUAACCAUCGCUGCACGUCAAUGGAGGAACGGAAACUAACCUUGUGUUCCUCGGAGAUGCGCGUACAUGUUGCAUUGUGGGUUAGCUUCCUAAAUCGUCGCAGACGUACGUGUGCUGACUCGUAUCUUCGUUGUCAUGGCACAUUGUCUUUUAGUAUGAUCUCAGUAUUUCAUUGUCAUAUUUUUGUUUGUUUGGUUUUAAUCGUGAUAUCCCCGUCUUGCGGCUCCCAUGUAUCCAGGCGAGUCGCACGAGACCGUACACGCAUCACACUUAUCGUCCGUGGCGUGUGCCGGGAUGUAAUCGCAGGCACGCACCUUGCUAGUGUACCGGAAUGGACGUCCCCUUUUUUCUUUGUAAACUUGUAGACACACAAAACACGUUCAGGUAUGCAGUACUGUAAAUACUUGUAAGUACUUGGACUUGGCGUUGAUGCGUCCUGUUUCCUUCAGUCUUCGUUCUUUUCCGUCUGGCAAGCUCUUUCUUUUUUGUGUAAUUGCCAGUUUCUUGUCAGCAGCCUCUAUGUAGAUUGCCAUUACUUAAACCUACUACAGUGCCAUUAGAGGCAGCGAUGAGUCGUUGGGUAUUAACGGUGUUAGUGCUGUGUCUACACUUUAAAACCUCCGCUCCAGGGGGAAAAAAGAAAUUUCCUUUGCUGCAUUGACACUGCUUUACUUGGAGGCCUACGGGCGCACGUGAAUGUCUAGCUUCCUGUCAGUGUAAAUACUACUAUGUAGGUAGACCUAGGGAUUUCCACAAAAUCUACGAGGCAUAUACCAGGUAUUUUUUAAUGCCCUCGACGGCAGGAAAGACUGCUAUGGCAACUAAACCGGCUCUCGGACUGCACACACUGUGUGUGUGUAGCUUGUAGCAGUAGCAUGUUAGGUCUAGUAGCAGCUUUUUUCGUGUGUGUGUUCGUUGCAUCGGCCGCUUCGAACACCUGGCUUACUCUCCCCUUUGACAUCUUAAGCGACGCUUCUGAACCGACGACGCGAUGACGUGCCAAAGAACAAGUAACUGCCUUGUCCACCGCCCUCCUCCUCCCCCAGCCCGCUUUUUAUGUGUGGGUUUGCAUGUGCGUAUUUUUUUUGGGAAGUGCUUUUGCGGGCACUAGAUCUCUGAACCUCCACCCAAAUAUCCCUCUUUUUUUUUUGUGUGUGUUUUCCUCCAGCUAAUGUGUGGGUGUGUUGUUCUUGCCAUGUAUAAAUAUAACUUAUUUUGCAUUGCCUUCGUGGGAGGACAGUCACGCAUGUGCGCAACCCAACAAACUAACAUUACCACUACUGUUGCCCACAGCUCCUAACAUGACUUUGAUGAAACUAGUCGGAAUGACUCUUGUGGCUUUCUUUUUUUAACGGGUGGCUGGCAAAAGGGAACCGAUUUGUGCGACCGUUGCGAGGCUUCCGAACCUACUUUCUUCUCGAGCCCUUGGACGUGUUUCUGAUUUGCGUGGUCCCCUUGGGAGCUUUGGUUUAGCGUCGCAUUUUAGUUUGCACAACAGAACUUGACAGUUGCAAGAAGGGCAAGUUGAGCAGUGGAGCAGCAAGAAACGUCUCGACAACUGUGAACAAGCUGCAGGCAGGCUGUUUUGUAACUAGUGCGUCUGGUCAUACUUAGAUGAGGUGGUUGCUUCUCAAGGAAUUCAAUGCUCGUCCGAAGUUUUUCUAAGACUUCCAAUGGCGCUUGGCUGCUGCUGUUUCAAAGGCACGGUUUAGGAGCAAGGCAGUUUCAAGUGUAAAGAAUGCGAGAUUUCUUCAAGAAAACCAUAAAAUGGUAACGGCAGCAUGCUCCAGUCUUUAUGUGGACUUGAUGAAAAGAACAGAUUGAUUCGGUUGGGUAGAACCAAAAAUGAAUCGACUUAGUGGUUUUGUUGCUAAUUAUUGAUGAAGAUGGCCUGCGCCAUAAAUUAUAGUUACCCCGCCUGCCUUUUCCUUUUGAAUUUUUUUACCAUCUGUAGGGCCAGCGCAUUUUUCGUGUCAGCAUCCUCCAGUCAACAUCGUUUAAAUUGAAUAUAAUAGGUAGCUCUGGUCGCAUUAGCCGUCUGCAUCUGGUAACUUCUGGGUGCAGUAGCCCGAUUUGCGUGGGCGGAACUUCGCCCUUCGUCAAAUAGAAACAGCGUAUCGCUUGGGUGCCCGUUCCAGCAGAGCCCGUAGUACUAUUCGUUCCUCGUGUCACCGGUUCUGUGUUCAGUGGAGGAAAUGGAGCACAAAAAGAAGCAUUAUUUUCGAGAGUCAUUUACUGCUUUCCUUUUCCACGCCAAGAUGCUUAAUCAUUGAAGCUUGAUAGGUGCUCCCUCUUUCUCCUCGUCCUCAUUUGAAGCGGCACAACUUCGCCGUGCAUUUGUCUGCACUGGGACAAAAAGAUUUGCUCCGAAAACAAACCGAAGAUGGUGUCUUGAAAGUUUGGGAAAUUGCGUGCUAGCGUCGAUGUGUCUAGACGUCAUGUCGCGCAAGUAUAGAAAUCUUCGGGUGGCGGCGGCGGCACAAGGUGCAUUGUUGUGCACGUGGGCACCUUGCUCGCACAUAUCGCUCUUUUGCACACACAAACACCGGGCAUACACAGUGGGAGAAAAGAAAAAAAAAAAAAAAACUUUCGGGAGGUGUGCAUGCGUUUUUUUUCUUUCUGUUCAAUAUUCAACAAAAGUGUGUUCACAAACUCGUUUCCAGGGUGUCUUAAUGUAUUACCGCUGUGUAAGCUUUUGUCUGGCACAACGUCUGUGUGAUGAGCGGGUCUCUACGAAAAAACGGUGAUAGGUAUCACUGCCGAAGAGCUUGGGCUGUACACACCUGCUUGCGAUUUUUUUUUCCUUUCUCGUAAAUGACUGACAAUCUCGGCCUCAUACCCUAGCUGUGUAGGAGAGGCCGAGUCUUUGUUGUUGUUUCUUUGUGUCUUCAAAAAAAUUCUCUACCGUCCAUCCAGCCUAGGUUAUCUUUCCCUGUCAAUGGCAAUAGUUCUGAGGAGACGCGUCUCUGCGCCUCGUAAAAAUAGCCCCCCCCCCCCUCCCCCAGUUUACCGAGUGGUUUCCCCGCUACGAUUACUUAGCGGUGUGUCUCGAUCGUCGGGCAGUUCUUUGUUUGCCGAGCCGAUAGUUGAGACACCUUUGGCCUAAUCUAGCGGUUGGUUCCGAACCCUCCCGUCGCAUUUAAACUCGGGACGCACGUAAAAGCUGGUCCAACCCUCGCCACCGCAAAAUGCACCUUCCAGACGUAGCGGUUUUAUAGUCAAGAUUUUACAAUACGAAAACGCGACAAGGCCAUUCGUCGAGCCUUUUCGAGUUUCCCCGUCUCCGCCUUUUGCCUCCUCCCCAUAGAUAAGACUUCUCUGGAGCGUUUUUUUCUUCCCCGCGCACCCUGUGUAUAAACUUGCAUUGCCAUUUGACGACGCGUGCGCCGUCGGCGACUUUUCUGGUGCGAAGGUGAAACAAAACAUUCAAAGUUGAGACUGUGAGAAUCCCUGGUGGUUAUUGCUAAUGUUUAGUGAUGGCGUCGGUGAUCGCGUGUAGUGCUACUCCGUGUGCUGCUUCCUCUUACAGUAGGUCUCGGAACAGUGUGUGCACCUGGCCAUGUCUUUCGUAUGUCGUUCAGUGGCACUCGCUGUAGUUGCAGUGUUUCGUUUGCACCGUGUAGCCAAAGGCGCGUGGGGGGGAGGGGGUUAGUGGUAGAGGGAGAGGGAGGGAGGGGGGGGCUGCGUCGUUUUGAAGCAUUUGUAAAACCGGCGAGGGACGAUCGACGCAGUGUAACGCUCGAUCGAAGUGAGUCGAAGAAACAAAAAGCGUCUGAAAAGAGCUGGGGUUGUUGAGUGCAGAAAAGAGCCUCGUGUAACCUUUUGUGGUUUUCGUGGGUGUGUUUUUGUACAUGACUACUACUAUUAACUACUCUCGUCACACAGUACUGCUGCACUGCUUAAGUGGAUGCUCUCCAGAUGUGUAUUAGUCAGCACUUUCUGAAUUGGGUGGAGUUUGGUGUUGUGCCUUCCAGGGAAGAAAAUCUUUUUCCACUCUUCCUCACGAGUUCUUAACGUAGGUCUUUUUCAAAGCAGGUGUCGUUUUUUUGUCGUGUCCUGUCCUCUUGUAUCUUAUUUUUUUCGUACUUGUGCGUGUGUGCGUGUUCUUAUAAACAGAUUUCACAGUGCUCAUUGGUGGAAAUAUGAAUAGAGUUUUGUUUUGGUUUGUUUA